GUGCUGCUUGCCAUUACCGUUCACCCAACUUGCUAACCGGCGCUAGACGAGAUAUAAUGCGAAUUUCGAGUAAAUUAUGGCAUCGAAACCCGUGAAACCGUGUCCCAUUUCAGUUUUAACCACUUGUCGUGUGGUAGCAGCUUCAGAUUUCUAGUUCUUAAAUGGUGAAGUCAGAGUGCCGGACAAUGCUAGCCAGUUAGCCCGGGUCUAUUGCUAGCUGAGCUAAGGAAGUUAGCCAGUUAGCUAUAGGAGUAAGCCGCGUCAGCUUGCGGCUGAUAUCUUGUUUAGCGCAUUUCAGGACCUCUGUUAGCAGUUUAAGCGGUACCAUAACGAAAACAUGAACUUGUAGCAUCACCGGUGUCAAGUACAAAAGACUGAAACUUCUAUAAUCCGCUUUUAAAAUGAAGAGUCAACAGUGUUUGUUUUGAGCCGCUGGUUUUGUGCAAACGCAGCUCUUUUGAUUUGACAAAGGACCUGAGUUUCUGUCUUCAUUUCUACACCCCUUCACAUCUGGUGGUGGGGCAGCUUCUUUCAAUGGCCCCGCAGAAGCACAGCUCCUCAGGUGGAAGCCACCCGGUGGGGUUUGGUUCUGGAGCAAAAGCCAACGGGUCGUACCAGCCGUCCUCCUCUGCGACGGCUGCAGCCAAGAAGCCCAACAUGCAACUAAUUCAAGCCGACCACGAGUUGUUCCUGCAGGCCUUCGAGAAACCUACCCAAAUCUACAGGUUCCUCCGCACCAGGAACUUGAUCGCUCCCAUAUUCUUGCACAGGACACUCACCUAUAUGUCCCACAGAAACUCAAGGAAUAACAUCAAAAGGAAAAGCUCCAAGGUUGACAAUCUGUUGUUCAAAGUGGAAAAGAUGAGAGGCGAACAGGAGACUCACAGCUCGGCCUCUAAUCUGCAGCUCACCUUUACUGGCUUCUUUCAUAAAGAUGGGAAGCCAUCUCAGGACAGUGAGAAUGAGCAGAACUCUGUAUCUCUGGAGGUGCGGCUGGUCAAAGUCUGUCACAAGAAGAGAAAGGAUGUGAGCUGCCCCGUAAAGCAGGUCCCUACAGGGAAGAAGCAGGUUCCUCUGAACCCGGACACGAGCGCUGGAGUCCAGGCCAAGCCAGGGUCCUUCGCCUCCCUGCUGGUUCCCAGCAGCGAGUUUGAACCCAGCAACUCUCACAUGGUCAAGUCUUACUCGCUGCUCUUCAGGGUAUCAAGGCCCGGACACCCCCGGACACAGAUCAACGGCCUGGCCAACGGAGAGAAUCACCACGACAGAGAUUUUACAGAGGAAGUGGUGAACAGGAAGAGGAGGAGCUCCUCUCUCAGGGAGGAGGGAGAAACCACAUUUGUGGCCCAGAUGACGGUCUUUGAUAAAAACAGACGUCUGCAGUUGUUAGAUGGGGAGUAUGAGGUGUCUAUGCAAGAGAUGGAGGAGUGUCCUAUCAAUAAGAAGAGGGCAACAUGGGAGACCAUCCUGGACGGAAAGUGUUUGCCUCCAUUUGAGAGUUUCUCUCAGGGUCCCACCCUGCAGUUCACCCUGCGCUGGACCAGCAACUCCUCUGAUCGCUCCACCGCCCCCGUGGCUAAACCUUUGGCCACCCGCAACUCUGAGACCAACCAGGACACCAGACCCAGCACCCCGAGAGCCACACACACACUCGCUGUUAAAGAAUCCAUAAAUGCUGACGUGCAAACCAGAAGAGAACAAAUAUCAGCUGAUCUGCGACAGAAACUACGCAUCUUCUACCAGUUCCAGUACAACCACAACACGCGGCAGCAGACGGAGGCCAGAGACGACCUCCACUGUCCCUGGUGUACCCUCAACUGCAGGAAGCUCUACAGUCUGAUUAAACACCUCAAACUGUCUCACUCCCGCUUCAUCUUCAACUACGUGCCCCAUCCUAAAGGAGCGAAGAUCGAGGUCUCCAUCAACGAGAAUUAUGAUGGUUCAUAUGCAGGAAACCCUCAGGACAUCCACAACCAGCCGGGCUUCGCUUUCAGCAGGAACGGCCCGGUUAAGAGGACCUCUGUCACCCACAUUCUCACCUGCAGACCCAAGAGGACGAAGGCGAGUCUGUCCGAGUUCCUGGAGUCGGAGGACGGCGAUCGGGAGCAGCAGAGGACGCUCAUCAGCGGACACAACCGCCUCUACUUCCACAGCGACAGCUGCGUGCCGCUACGGCCUCAGGAGAUGGAAGCGGACAGCGAGGACGAGAGGGACCCCGACUGGCUCAAAGAGAAUACCGUCAAGCAAAUCGAGGAGUUCACCGACGUGAACGAGGGGGAGAAGGAGAUCAUGAAGCUGUGGAACCUCCACGUCAUGAAGCAUGGCUUUAUAGCGGACAAUCAGAUGAACGAGGCCUGCCUGCUGUUUGCCGAAAACCACGCCGCCCACAUCGUCAAACACAAGCUGUAUCGCAACUUCCUGCUGCACCUGAUCAGCAUGCACGACUUCAACCUGGUCAGCACGCUGACCAUCGACCAGGCCAUGGCCCGGAUCCGCUUCAUCAAGAGCCAGGCCGCCCAGAGAGGCAAGGACGAUGAGGAGGAGGAGGAGGAAGAAGAAGAGGACUGGGAGACGGCUGUGGAGUCCCAACCAGAGCUGGAUCCAGAUCCCGAUCUUGAUCCAUCUGAGUAUAAACCCUGUAGUGAUGAGACUAGUAACGGCUGCCUGGAGAAUGGAAACCAGCUGCAGGAGGAGGAGGAGGAGGCGGGUGGAGGAACUGUGACAGAGAGGUCGACCACCAAGCAGAAACUCUCCGGUUCUGUUAUAAACUGACUGCUCAAUCGGAGAAUCACAAAGAUAGUUUUUUCAUUUACAUCAGGUAGACCCUUCAGAGGGGUUUAUCGUUUCAUUACUUGGGGAAGGUGAGGAGUUUCGGAAAACGUGAAGCUAAGAAUCACCAUUAUUUUCUUGUGUCCUCACAGAAACCGUAGAUGUAACAACCAGGUUUUAGUUCAUAAUCAAUUUCCUGGCCUGUGAGGAGCCACGGCUCCUCACAGGCCAGGCAUCCUUUUCCUUUUAAUAUCCAGCCCACAAAGUUUAUUAACGACGGAACAAGCACAAGACACAUUCACCCUUUAGUUUGCAUUUGUAGGGACCCAUUUUGUAGAGUUAAAAGAUAAACCUGGCGAUAUUCUGUAUUUUACUUAUUGUCAAAAAAAUCCCCAUAUAGAUCAAAACUAAUCAUGUCUCUUACUUACCAAAUCUUUAAAAAAAAAAACAACAACUAGAAAGGCUCAGGAAUUUCCUGAAACAGCUGCUCACUGUAGUUUUUAUAACCAAACAGGAGGAAAUUGGGCAUUUGUUGCGGUCUAUUUUCAGCGGCGGAUGAAUCCACAUGCAGCGCUCUAAUGAGUAUUUGGGACUGAGUCAGAUUAAACUGAAGUGUUUAAGCUCUACGGCUCAGAGGAAGAAGAGACAUCAGGCUGUGAGAAACACAGGACUUGUUUAUAGAUAACAGUGUUGUUUUUGGUCUUUUCAUGGGAUUUGAUGACAACUCUAUGUAGAAUAUAACCAGACUUUCUCCUUUUUGGACAAGCGUUUUGCAAAAAAAAAAAAGUUUGAUAUCUGCUUUUACAUCUUUCUGCAGCUGUUUUGACAGACUCUUCUGACAUCAGCCCAACACGUUACUUGGUGUUUGUUCACCCACGCAAUUGUAUUCUCUGGUGCUCUCUUCUCUUCAUCUACGUUUUCAAACCUGCCUCUGCUCGCCCUCAUAUGUUCGAUCCGUGUUGUGCUCGCUCCAUCGUUCAGGAAACAAACCUCAGAUGGGAUCGUGUCUUUCGUCUUCCUCCGUGUGAAGCACCAAUCAGUGUGACCCUGCAGCCGCACUCCGCUCCACCAAAGGUUUUACUGAGUUUAACACGCACCUUAGCGUCACGGUUAAUGGUCUCAGAUGUCUAUCAGGUCUCGGAUCGAGUGUCUAGUUGCCAGGUGAUCAGGACUUUUACUGGUUUUCCGCGUGUAUAAUCAGGUCUCUAAGACUCUGAUCAGGUCUUUCUACAACCUCUGUACCUGUACAGAACCUCAACAGCUCUGCUGCGGCACACACUCUUAUCUUAUCCAUCUGAUCAACUAUAUAUAUAUAU